GCCCGCCAUUCCGGGUUGUUGUUGCGCAGCUGAGAAGUCGGUGUAUGCGUAUGGUCUGCACGCCGCCACAUGUCUUGGUCCAUGAUUUGUUGUCUGACGCGGUGAGCGAGGGGAGCGAAGGCUCUGUAUGUAGAAUGGGGAGGGAUCGUCCUUGAGCCACACCCCUCCGUCAGCUUCCCUGAUGACAUCUAGCCUGUCCUUGACGUAAGUCGUUUGCUCUCCUCAUGGAACCACAUCAUGAUCCGGCAUCAUCGCCAUGACUCCUGUCCAGGCCCGGCUGGCUGCUGUCAUUACCACCGUCCUAGCAUUCGCUACCUGUCCAGCCUCGUCGUCUAUACUGAGACAUAUAUUCGAAACGAGCCUGUCUCUUGCGCCUGGUGCAGAUACCCGGUACCACAAGACUUGGUUGGACCCAAUUCCCGGGACCGAGCCUUUGUUUGGUCGCCAGGAACGCACCCUGGACGUAGGGAGGAGAGACUGCCUCGCUAACGGCUCCAACUACUGCUUCGGUAACGAUGUUGACUUCUGCCCCAGCUGUGGAAACUGUUGCGUCGAUGGGGAUUUCUGCUGCGGAAGCGGGAAGGUGUGUUGCGGAUCUGGUUGCUGUUCGAGUGACCAAGCAUGCUCCGAGGGGAAGUGUCUCGCUUCAGUGGAAACCGUAACGGUUACGUCGACUGUCGACCAAACCACCACACACAUUGCGACACAGCGAGCCACCAUUUUCAUAGCCGAGGUUGAAACAUCAACGAUUCUGUCUACCACCGAUGUCACCAUCUCAACCGCGGCCACGCAGACCAGCGUCGUGUGGGAGACGACAACCGCCGUUGCAAAAAGAGCUGUCACCAGACCCCAGUCGAGUAGAGACAGCCAGCCAUCAACCUCGGGGUUCUCGAUCCCCACUGAUUCCACCCCAAUCCCAAAGGAAGCGAGGCAAGAGGCCACUCCUACGGUGACCGACUAUGUCACUCAAACGAUUGAUGUCACGAGCAUAUCCUCCGUCAUGAUUACCGUCCAUACAACUUCAACGGAAGUGGCAACAGUUUAUCAAACAAACACUCACGUUCUCAAAGCAGAAACAACAACCACCAUAACCUCCACUAUCACACUCACCUCCCACCCACCCACGACCGUCACCCUCACCGAGACGGCCAGCCUCAUCCCUUCACCCACCGCAUCCGAAACUAACCAACCCACCUCUUCAUCUUCCGCUGCACCAAACUCACUCCCAACCCCAGCGAUAGCCGGCAUAGCAGCAGGAAGCAGCGUCCUCGCCUUGCUCCUAGCCGGGUUCAUCAUCCUCUCCAUCCGCCGCCGCUGCGGUGGGGCUUUCCGACGAGAGGGAAAAAGACGACCCUCCACCGAAUCCGUCACUCUCGACUAUUUCCAGCAGCAAUACCACCAUCACCACCACCAACCCCUCCACUCCGACGAGGACGCAACUCUCUACCCCGGAACCGGAACCGGAACCGCCACCCGAAGCCGUAGCAGCACCCACACCGGCACGCGAACCAGCACCGGGCUCCGCCCCAGCCUCGGCUCAAGACAACCCACCAUACCAAAUGUCCUGCCACAAUUCGCCACCGUCACGGCCGCCGCCGCCGCCCACCACGACACCGAGUACACGCUCCCCGUCUCGGCCACCUCCAUUCCCACCACCCCCACCAGCCCCGCCGCUGCCAGUACCGGCGCUUAUGGCAAAGGCAACGGGGGCGGGUAUCUAACCGCCCACCCGGAGCAGUACCAGCAUCAGUACAAGCAGCACCACGAGCGCAACGCCUCCGGACUGACAACCCUCGUCGGCACGCCGUCACCUACAGCACCAGUAUUUGCCGUGCCGGCCGGCGGGAAGGGGGUGGAGGAGUACACGCAUCAUCUGCAGACGCAGAAACAGAAACUCGCGGGUAUGCCGGAGAUGCCGGGAAGUCCCGUCGGUAGCAGCCCCGCAGGCAGCCCGGUCGGCGGUCCGGUCGGCAGUCCGGUCGGCAGUCCGAUUGGCAGUCCGGGGAGGGGGUGGGUGUAUCAGGUUGAGGUUGGGGAUGGGGGUAGGCGGAGUCUGGGCGCCGGUGGUGGUGGUGUGGGUGGUGGUGGUGGUGUUGGUGAUGUUAGUGGUGCGCGGCAGAGGGCGUAUUCGUCGCCUUCGGCGGCGGCGGUCGCUCCUCCCCCUCCAGCUGCCGCUGCUGCUGGGGUUGCGCCGCGGGUUCCGGCAUGGCGCUAUCAGAGGGGUCGGGCGGUGACGGUGGGGGAGCUGGCGGGGGAUGUGGUUGCGAUAGAGUUGGAUGGGGAUGGCGGGCGGCGGGGUUGAGGGGGGUUGUCCGUUAUGUGGUGUGGGGUGUGAAGAAGUUGUGGCGUACCUCCUCCUGGCUGGCCAUUAGCGAACUCUCGUUUUUGUUUUUGUGUUCAUUCUUUCCCGGCGUUCAUCUUUCGUUUUGCCUUUUUAGAUACCCCGGGAUGACUUUCGUUUAGAGCGGGCAAGGAGGCGGCUGGGCUGGUUUAUAACUAGAUGGGUCUGGUUUGACGAUGCCCGUAUUGGCACAUCUUCUAUCGGA